AUGCCAGCACUGCUUAUACUGACAUUAAGCAUUCGUGAUACAUCUGAUCAUAGAUUUUGUCAUGGUCUUACCAUGGAAUCCAUGUUAAAUCAAUAUGCUAUUCAUCUUCGUAAAUUUCACUAUACAAUGACACAUCGAAUCAGCGAUCAAACAUUGGUCGAAUCUUUCAUACAAUGGCCAAUGAAUGUCGUUUUCUAUGAGAACGAAUAUAUUAAUUGGGUGCAUAUUUUUUCAUUGCCGUGGUCGUGGGGCCGAGAAGACAAGCGGCAAGUACCUAUGUUAUCGAGUGAACACAAUACAUCAAUCACAUCGGAUGUCAAACAAGCCAAAUACAUGAACCAGUUGCAUAUUACAACUCAGAAUGGAUUGUGUGAACUCAACACACGUUUCAGUCAAAUUUGUCAACUUACCACUUGUCAAUCAAUUGAAAACAGGUUGCCACGACGUAUUUACAAACUCAUUCUUACUGAACAAGCACCCGCACCAUUGAUCAACUCGAUUUCAUCACAACCUUUUAUUCGUCAUCUUAUUAUUCAACGUCGUUUGACUGAUGAAACCGAAAUACCUAUUCUAGCUCAACAAUAUCCCAAUGUUCGCUAUUUACAACUAUUAUUUCCACUUGAAAAAUCAGCGUUCCUUCACUGUUUCAAAACUCUCUUCAGUUACGAUGAUGAUACAUAUGAAAAAUUUUAUUUUUGGCCAGAACUGGUGAGUUUUCGCACGAUCGGUGACUAUGAACAAUUUUCAGCGUCGUGGCUCAACUUCAAUGCUAAGAAUUGGCUCAUUGAGAACACUGAUCUCAAGUUUCGUUCGCUUUCUUUUCGUGCUGAGCAUUCAAAUCCAAUAUUCUCAAUCUGGCUUUGA